UUGAAUUCGCAUAUUGUGAAAUGAAAACAGCAUUAAGCUUUUGUCCAUUUCGUGUUGCUUGAAAUAAAGUUUACUCUAUUUAAGUCAAAGGUAACGAUUUAUUAUCUCAAUACUAUAUCUAAAUCGAACGUGAAAAGCAUAGCAGAAGUCAAGCAGAAAUAUAACCAUGGCGGCACCAGAAAGCACACCAUACAAUUUUGAAGAAGAAUUCGAGGCAUAUUUACAUCGCAUAUUCUACAUUAAACCUUACACAGAGGAAUCUAAAUGUGAUCCUUCCAUUGUGGAAUAUUUCGGAGUCUUUAGUCUCACUGACAUCCGAGCCCCAGAGAGAAAAUUGUGGUAUAUUUAUUAUUGCAAGCAACCCGAUAUUGAUGAAACUGUGGAUCGAAUCUUCCAAAAAUAUGGCAAAAAAAAUAUGUGUGAAUUAUUUAGGAAGCCCAUUUUCAGUGGCGUUUCCUUGCGCACCAGAGUUAAGACGCACUUUUCCGAAUUGAAGUGGUACGUCAAAGGCAAUCUGCUGGAAGCUCCUCCAAAAAGUCAUUACAAUGAUGAGCGAAUGGCGAAAACUAUAACAGACUUGUACAACGAUGAGCGCAAAAUGCUUUAUAAUUAUAUUUGUAUGAAACAUAAUGCAUUCAGUAGGUACAACUAAUGGAACGUUAAUUAAAUAGUAUGCAUGCUCUGUGAUUUUAAUAAAUUUUUAUGUAUAAAG